AUCUCAAAUUAAUAAUACUAACAGUUAAAGAACUGUCCCUGAUUAUGUCUGGAUUUGUCCAUAAUUCUGAUGAGGUUAGUCACUGAUUCAGUUGAGAACAAUGUUCUCUGACUCUGUUGAGAUUUAUCCGUGAUUGGUUGAGAUCUAUGUCCCAGUUAUAAAAAUAAAACCCAGACAUAAAGAGAAGCCUAUUUUUGUUUUUGAGCACAUUGAACUCCUUAAAUGCCAACCAAAUGUAAAGGAAUCUCGUAAUAUGAAACCACCACAAGCUUUCUGUUUCUUUGUUGUAUCGAACUGUAAGGCAAGGCAAGAAACACCACUUCACGUUCUGCUUCUCCUAACAACAUACCAUUGACCUGUACAGAAAGCAACUUCAGAUACACAGUUCUAUUUUGCUGUCUCGGACCCUUAAGAAAGACGAUACUAAGUGACAUCAUUGCUCUGCCACAGGCACUUCAACACGGAAGUGAAAUUUAUUUGACUUGGCAUCAUUACGUCACUGUGUCCCUCCUCUGUAGUUGCAAGAGCAAGUGGCAGCAAGGCCCCGGCAACCAGUGCUGUUGAGAAAGCAGUACAGGCACGACUGAAUAUUCGUGUGAUCAUGGCGGCCCCUCUUGCUCAGUUUGAUGAGGACUGGCAAGAGUUCUACGAGUUUAAGGCAGCUCCCGACACACAGAAACGGCUGGAUAAGAUGAAUUCCAACUCUGCAGACGGCUGUGGCUUGCUGGAGGACUUUUCAGAGCUGGAUAACAGCUUUUCUGGGGAGAUUGGCAGCUUUAAAUCAAUGGAAGACCUGGUAAAUGACUUCGAUGAAAAACUGACAUUCUGCUUUCAUAACUACAAUACUAAUACUGAAAAUAUUGCACCGGUGAAACCUAUUACAGAGGAGAACACCAUGAAAGAUGAUGAAAUCUGGAAUGCAUUGACUGACAACUAUGGAAACGUAAUGCCAGUGGACUGGAAGACAUCUCAUACACGAACACUGCACCUGCCAUCUCUUAAUCUGUCUGAGAAAUCGGGAAAUGAUAAUCUGAACCUUGACCUGUCAGACGAUGAAGAGCUGCGGGAACAACUUGAUAUGCAUUCCAUUAUCGUAUCGUGUAUCAGUGAAGAGCCUCUUUUCACGGCUGAACAGGUAAUUGAGGAAAUUGAAGAAAUGAUGCAGGAGUCACCUGACCCAGAGGAAGAUGAAACACCCACACAAUCAGAUCGAUUAUCCAUACUGUCUCAAGAGAUCCAGACACUCAAGAGAUCCAAUACACUCAACAGUUAUGAAGAACGUAUAAAGAGACUUUCUGUAGCUGAAUUAAAUGAACUACUGGAAGAAAUUGAGACUGCCAUCAAAGACUAUUCGGAAGAGCUUAUUCAACAGCUGGCUCUGCGGGAUGAAUUGGAAUUUGAGAAAGAAGUAAAAAACAGUUUCAUUUCAAUACUUAUAGAAGUUCAGAACAAACAAAAAGAACACAGAGAAAUGGUGAAGAAGAAAAAGAAACUGAAAAGUGGAAAUCCUCAGAAUGGCAAGCAAGAUCGUACCCAUAUGCCUGGAACACGCUUCAGCAUGGAAGGACUGUCAAAUGUCAUUCAGAAUGGCUUCCGCCAUACGUUUGGAAAUUCAGUUGGAGAAAAACAGUAUUUGACAACAGUUAUUCCUUAUGAAAAAAAAGGUGGACCACCAUCAGUCGAAGAUCUUCAAAUAUUGACAAAAAUCCUGCAUGCUAUGAAAGAAGACAGUGAAAAAGUGCCAAGCUUGCUAACAGAUUACAUUCUUAAAGUUCUUUGUCCUACAUAAAAGUUGGUGUCCAGAACCAGAAAAAAGAAGACAACAAGAACGGAGAUGGCAUUGCAUUGUAUUCCAUGACAAGAGAAAUAACUUGUUUACCAUGAACAGUACUUAAUUUCAACUUCUCUUUGGUACUACUGCUUAGGUUCUCAACAUUUACAUCCCCAUUACUCUUUGGAAUUUAUGCCUUUCAACAUUGCAGCAGAGAUGUGUUCCAUUUUCCAUGAGCUGUAGCAUUUUCGAUAGUGAAGUGAGAUUAGAUUAGUUAUUGUCACAGAUGUGUUAACCUGAGCAUAGAACAAAUGAGAAGAAAAAGGCUGUAAUGUCUUAACCACAAGUAUUGUUUUAGCUAUGUAAAAUCUAUUUUUACAGUAAGUAGAAAUUAUAGAUUUCCUCCUUCCUACUGGGGACAUUUUUCAUUUUAAAAUGUAAAUAAUGUAACUCUAGUUUUACCUAGCCCAAAGUAGAAAAUAUUUUUUUUAUUUAUUAUAAAAAAGGGAUCAUUUUAAACUGCACUGAAGACCUCAGCUUGGCUUUGGCUGACGCACUGCUACUCUAAAGAACAAGCCAUUUAUCUUGCUCAGUAAAGAAAAUGUAUUUUAAGAUGUAAACAGCAUGUUAUAAGCCAAACAUGAGAGUUUUCUGAAUUGAUGUUUUAGUUUAUGCAUGCUUGUGAGUGUGGUACAUUAGGGCUGACACUACACUGGUAAAGCAGUAAGGACCACGGAUGUGGGAGACAGGUUGGGUACUUUGGGGUGUAUUUGUUGAUAUGUUUAAAAAAAAAAGGCUGUUUACGACAGAAUAUUCUGAUGUUGUGUGUGUGCUGCAUCCACAUCUAGUGUGACUCUACCACAUGAAGAUGGCAGCUAUA